AUUUUAUGAACCUGUUAUACUUCUCUAUAGUUUUAGGUUAAUUAAUAUCAAACAAUGGACGUUGCACUUGGUUAUUUUAGUGACGACGUAAAUGACGGAAGUAAUUACGACCUGACGAAACCGCCUUCGUCGGGUAUAGAGUAUUUAAAACGAGUUCAAAUGGAGGCUACACAAUACCCUGACGUCGUGACGUUCGAUAACAGCAGACCUGAAGAUAAUAUUGAGGUUAGCCAGGAAAGAGACUCGACCCAAAUUGAUAGUGAUACAUAUUUGAAUCCGAGUCAAACAGAUCAACUUAAACUUGCGGCCGACUUUGCGUGUUUACGUCAAACAUUGAAUAGGUACAAGAGUAGUGAGAAAAAAAGCAACACGUAUAAGUUACCACCUCAAAAUGAAAAGCUAUGGUGUCUAUUUUGUUUGGGACGUUCGUUUUAUAAAGAUUUUUACGGCUGUGAACCGACGGAGGUGCAAACAGAAAAUUUUGAGAUCGAUACCGGUCAUGCACCAUUAUUGAGUAUCAUAAGUAAACUAAACCAACCUUUGGCUGUUACCGUGUUACAAUAUCACCUGAAAUGGUUCCAGUUGAACGGUUUUACAGCAGAGCAAGGACGUUGGUUCUUCGGACUUUUGCUUUGUAUUGAUAAGCCGACGCCUUCAGAUGUCGUAUCGGUCUUAAGAGAACUUGUUCGUGAGUGCUUGACGUAUAGAAAAUCUGCGGCAGUAUCGAUUGACGACGUGGAGUUAGUUAAUCAGCUGAAUUUGUUUCCUGUGAUAGUAUCCAAAUACUUUGGCCAGACAGACCUCACGCUAAAGUCUUAGUUUUAAUUGUUUAAGUCCAAUUUUAUUAAUUUAUAUAUAGCUAUAUAUAUAUAGUUAAAGUGUAAUAUUUUGUACAUACAAAAACAUGUUCUUGA